AUGUGCCCGGCGUGCCCCCGAACCAGAAGGGUGAAAGGCAAAAAGUGGGGACCCCCAGGUCGCCCCCAGGCCGGACUCAGACUCAGCGCCGGGGCGGCUGGGAGAGUCCCGAUCCCGGAGCCGCGGAGCAUCGGGCCAUGCCUACCUGCUGCCGCUCGGUCGCCGCGCGCCUCUGCCCGCCUCGCCGCCAGGCGCCGCGCCGGGGGCCACUCAGUGCUCCGGCCGCUCGCGCGGCACUUCCCCAGUGCACGUCACCGCCGCCUGGCGCCGCCCCGCCGGGACCCCGCGGGAGGGGCGACCCAGUGCUCCCCGACGGCGCAGAGAGCGGCGCGGGCUGAGCCUUCUCGCCGGAUCAGUCCCGCUGCCCCGCGCCCUCAGACCGGCCCCCCGGCCUCGCCAACCCCUGGAGCUGAGCUGGGAGCCCUGGCCCGCAUCCCCCUCCCGCCCCUUCGUCUCCCACUCUCUGCGCUCUCGCCUCUCUCUGCCGGGGCUGGUACCGAGCGCGACUGGGUCCCGCGUUCUCCGAGGCACCGACCCCUGUCGCCCCCCGCGCCCGGGGGCCGCGCGCUCUGA